AUGCCCGCACAGCCAAACGUCGACAAAUCAAAGUUCUGCCAUUUCCACAAAGGCCACGGGCAUAACACCGAAGAAUGCAUCCACCUGAAAGACGCGAUAGAAAUAUUAAUCCGAGAAGGACACCUGAAGCAGUACGCGAAGAAGCAAGAGGCCGCCAAGGAAGCCAAACCAGUCGUCGAGGAAAAACCAGCAGAAGAUACGCCCGCCAUGCAAGUGGCCAUGAGUAUCACCAGACCGGGAGACUUUUACCUCUCCGACUGGGCUAGGGUGUCUUCCACCCCCUCUCCUCACAGCCCAUGGGAAUUCUUCCCUUCCGCCAUGGUCAUCUCCGGAGGAGGAUUCAGCAAACUCACUGUCGGAUCCGUAAAACGCAAGUUCGACGAGCUAAUUUCAGCGAAUUCGAGCAAAGCUGCUACUCUCGACCUCGCCAAGGGCAGCUCAUCCCCCAUAUUAUUCUACAUGGAAGAACUAUCGGGCGGAGCACCCAACCCGACCAUUCCCCUCCUUAUCCGGGCUCGAAUGGCCAACUUUGACGUGCGCCGCAUAUUGGUCGAUCAAGGGAGCUCGGUGGAUAUCAUGUACUCCUAG